AACUGCAUCAAUAUUUAGAUGAUCUUAAUCUUCAUGUGACUUUCUCCGGUGGUGUUUGUGCAGAGAGAAAAUUAAUCUCUAAAGCAUUCUCCCCGCAUUCCACAGGUUAUAGUGCGCCUGCGCGUUGGCCAGAUAAAGAAAAGGGAGAGACUUCUGCCCUCUUCCCUUCACACUUGAAAGAAGAAGCCACUCCGGUGCAUUCAUAAACUGCAGUUAAGGCAACAUGGAGCUGGAAAAGGGCACCGUGAAUCCGGCCUUUGAGGAUGUGGAGGGCAGCGAGCAAAUGGAGAACAGCAGCACCAUGAUUGAACCAGGGGAGAAGGUGGUGUCAGAGUCCCUCAAGGAGAGCUUUGAACCGUUGGAGGAGUACACCCAGAUCAAGCCGUACGCCGGCAUGCCCAAGGAGGUUCUGCUCCUCUACUCCUCCCAGGCCUGCUACAGAGUCCCGAGAGAGGUCCUGUUCUGGCUGACAAUAGCUUGCACACUGGCACUGGUGGCGCUCACUAUCACCGUGGUGGCGCUGUCCCCACGUUGCCUUAGUUGGUGGCAGGUGUCCCCCGUUUACCAGGUCUACCCACGCUCCUUCCGAGACUCGGACGGAGACGGCGUCGGAGACCUUAAAGGCAUUCAGGAGAAGCUGGGUCAUUUCGAGUACCUGAACAUCAAGUCGGUGUGCAUCGCCCCCUUCUACCGCUCUCCCAUGAAAGACUUUGGCUACGACGUGGAAGAUUACCGCGCCAUCGACCCUGUUUUCGGGACCAUGCGGGACUUUGAGGACCUCUUGGCUGAAAUGCAGAAAUUAGGUUUGAAGCUGAUUAUGGACUUCAUCCCCAAUCACACCAGCGACAAACACCGCUGGUUCAACCUGAGCCGCGCCAGAGAUCCACACUAUGAGGACUACUACGUCUGGGCUGACUGCAAUGCCACCGGACCCAAGCCCAACAACUGGGUGAGCGAGUUUGGGAACUCGUCCUGGACAUACGACGAAGUUCGAGGACAGUGUUACCUGCACCAGUUCCUCAAAGAACAACCCGACCUGAACUUGAGGAACCUUCAUGUCCGCCAAGAGAUGCUUGAUAUCAUGAGUUUCUGGCUGGAGAAGGGGGUGGACGGCUUCCGAAUGGGUGCGGUCAAGCGCCUGCUGGAGGCCGCACACCUGAGGGAUGAACCCCAGGUGGACCCACACGAGCCGCCUGAGUUGGUGACCUCCGAGUGGGAGCUCCACCAUGACUACACCACCACUCAGCUGGGCCUGCAUGACCUGCUGAGGGAGUGGAGGGCUCACAUGGAUGUCUACAGCCGAGAGCCUGGCAGAUACCGGCUGAUGGUGACCGAGUCCUACGAUGACCAGGAGGUGGACAAAACCAUGAUGUACUACGGGACACCGCAGGUGAAAGAGAGCGACUUUCCCUUCAACUUCUACCUCAUGGACCUGCCUGGCAACAGCAGCGGCGUGAGGCUCAAACAUCUGGUCCACCUCUGGAUGGGAAACAUGCCCGAAGGACAGUGGCCCAACUGGCUGGUAGGGAACCACGACAAGCCUCGCAUCGCCUCCACCGCGGGUCAGCGCUAUGUUGGCGUCAUCAACAUGCUCCUGCUGACACUUCCUGGCACGCCGACCACCUACUAUGGCGAGGAGAUCGGCAUGGAGAACAUCAACGUGACCCAGAGUCAGAUUCAAGACCCUGCAGGCAGAUACAAUGCGAGCGCCAGUAGAGACCCUCAGCGUUCUCCCAUGCAGUGGAGUUCUGCAUCCAACGCAGGCUUCACCAACAGAACCAACACCACCUGGUUGCCCGUGCACCCCGACUACAGCAACGUCAAUGUGGAGGACCAGAAGCAAGACGAGGGCUCGCUCCUGUUCCGGUACCGACUCCUCAACACGCUGCGUCAGUCGGAGAUGGCUCUUCAACGAGGCUGGUUCUGCUACGUCCACGCGGACCACCACGUCUUCUCCUACAUCCGAGAACUGGACGGGCUGGACCUUGCCUUCCUCCUGGUGCUCAAUUUCGGCAGGGAGUCGGCCGUCACGGAUCUCUCCGCUGUCGGCGAGCUGCCCGAGCAGCUGGAGGUUUUGAUUAGCACCGAGGUGGCCAACGACCACAAAGCGGUGCACAAAUCUCAGAUCCGGACCCAGGCUGGAGAGGGUUUGCUGAUGCGGUUCUCGGCCCACGCUCGGUUUAACACCAACCAUCCCGACCAGUGUUACGUGUCUGAGAAGGCCUGUUAUUUAAGUGUCAUGGACAUUCUCUAUACCUGCUAACACCAUCUUCUAAUGUUAUUGUUUCAUGUCUGACUCAAUAAGAAAGCAUCACUGCAAUGACUUCCCUUCUUCCAUCUUUCACUAAAGUGCAAACUUUCCAGUUCUUCACAUCCACAGUUUUAUCUGGUCCUCCUGCGUCGUGAAGAUGGGGGAGGAGGAUCCAGGCCCAGCUCCUUGUAGAGAAACGCUAGCGUGAAGGCUUCCUGCGUAGAGGAGAACAUAAAUUUAGACCUGAGAGAAGUGAGUACAGCACUCACAUUUUGUUCCAUCUUGUCAAGGGACAAUACUAAUAGUACCAGGUCGUAUUUUACUGCUUCCGCUCUUGUCUCAAAAACAUUGUUUUUAUGUGAGUAUGGACACAUGCUCCUUAGGAGUCCAUGAAACAAGGUCUGGGGUUCCCCAAGGUUCUAUUUUAGGUCCCAUUAUUUUUAAUCGAGACAAAGCAUCAGCGUCUCUUUGUGACACAGAACCAACAAAUACCCUUUAGGUGACAGUAAAAAAAAAAAAAAAAUUAAAAAAAAGCAGACAGCAAGGUAGUUUUGUGUUAUUAGUGUCAAACAUGUCAGACCACAGAACACUUUUCCACUUUGCAUCAGUCCAUCUUAGAUGAUCUCGGGCCCAGAGAAGCCGGCGGCGUUUCUGGAUGUUGUUGAUAAAUGGCUUUCGCUUUGCAUAGUAGAGCUUUAACUUGCACUUACAGAUGUAGCGACAAACUGUAUUUAGUGACAGUGGUUUUAUGAAAUGUUUCUGAGCCCAUGUGGUGAUAUCCUUUAGAGAUUGAUGUCGGUUUUUGAUACAGGGACCGAAGGUCACGGUCAUUCAAUGUUGGUUUCCUGCCAUGCCGCUUAAGUGGAGUGAUUUCUCCAGAUUCUCUGAACCUUUUGAUGAUAUUAUGGACCAUAGAUGUUGAAAUACCUAAAUUUCUUGCAAUUGCACUUUGAGAAACGUUGUUCUUAAACUGUUUGACUAUUUGCUCACGCAGUUGUGGACAAAGGGGUGUACCUCGCCCCAUCCUUUCUUGUGAAAGACUGAGCCAUUUUUUGGGAAGCUGUUUUUAUACCCAAUCAUGGCACCCACCUGUUCCCAAUUAGCCUGCACACCUGUGGGAUGUUCCAAAUAAGUGUUUAAUGAGCAUUCCUCAACUUUAUCAGUAUUUAUUGCCCCCUUUCCCAACUUCUUUGGCACGUGUUGCUGGCAUCAAAUUCUAAAGUUAAUGAUUAUUUGCAAAAAAAAAAUGUUAAAAUGAUACAAUGAUUUUCAAAUCAUUGUAUUCAGUUUAUAUUUACAUCUAACACAAUUUCCCAACUCAUAUGUAAACGGGGUUUGUAAUAAUAUUUUUACAAAGUCGUUAAAAAAUAAGCUUUGGACAGCUCUGCUUUAAACCAGGAGUGUCAAACUCAUUUUAGCUCAGGGGCCGCAUGGAGGAAAAUGUGUGCCAGACUAUUAAAAUUAUGGCAUUAAAACAAAAUAAUAAAAACAACUUCAGAUUGUUUUCUUUGCCUUACUUUGGCCAAAAAUAGAACAAACACAUUCUGAAAAUAUUACCAUAUAAAUAUUUUUUAAAAUACCGGCAGCAGUAAAGUUUAGAACCAUGAAGGAAAGAAGAAAGUGAAUGAAUGUUUGUACAUAUGCAUGAAAAUGUAUUUUCUUUUGUAUUAUUUUUCUUAAUGAAUUAAGUAACAUUUAGGACAACCUUUUUCCAAAACACAAUAUAGAAUGUGAGAUAUAACAGGAUAAUGCAUACAUUUUAUCAUUUGUUUUCAAAACGGUUACAAAAAAAGGAUAAUGCAUACAUUUUAUCAUUUGUUUUCAAAACGGUUACAAAAAAGUGGGACCCCAAAAAUUUACUGUGGGAACCCAUUUUUAAGACUAACAGGAUAAUGCAUACAUUCAUCAUUUGUUUUCAAAACGCUUACAAAAAAGCAGGACCCCAAAAAUUUACUGUGGGAACCCAAUUAUAAGACUUGAUGGGAUCUCUGUGACCCCAUUUUGAAAAUUCCUAGCGCCAACACUGAUGGAGUAUUGGUGCAUGCAAAACAGCAGCAGGCGGCUGUGGCCUGCGGGCCGGUUCUAAUACUAAUCAAAUAUCAUCUCAGUGGCCAUAGAUAAUUAAUUUGCAGGCCGGAUCUGGCCCGCGGGCCUUGACUUUGACACUAUAGUUGUCAACCAAUACAAUCUACAACAAAUCUGGUUGUGAGUUCUGACUAACAAUUAUGACAAAAAUAUGUUUUUAUCACGUUGUUAUUGUCCGUGCCUUAUAGACCGGUGUAAAGCACCUUGGAUUAAAACUUGCCUGUAUAUGAACAAGUUCUAUAUAACAUUUUGAUUUGAUUAAUACAAUUGAAAGUACACUUUAAAGUAGUCUGUGUACAGGUUGUAUAACCGUAUAGAUUUACGAUCUACUGAAAAAUGGGUCAAAACACAGACAUCAUAUAAAUAAAUGUCCUAAUAGUGUGGUUGCUGUUAACUAGGGAUGUCCCGAUCCAGGUUUUUGCACUUCCGAUCCGAUAUCGAUAUUGUUUUUGCACUUCCGAUCCGAAACCGAUACUGGCCUAUCCGAGCAUGUAUUAAAGUUUAAAGUUAUUUAGCCUACUUAGUUGUCAGAUUCAUGCUGAAAAUGAUUUUUAGUACUUUUGAUAACAACUAGCCAGCUGAAUUAGGUGAGUUUGAAUAAUACACAAUAGUUGGUAUUCAAGGAUAAACACAAAAUAUCAAAAAUUAUACAUGACAAACAGAAAUGGCAUCAUUAAACAGUAAAAAAAGUAAACAGUAUAAAGUGCAAAUAAUGCUGUAAACAUUAUUUAAAAAAAGCAAAACACACAACCUGAGUGGGAUAAAAUGUUUAUAACUCAGCAUCAAUAAUUGAUCUUGAACAAGUGUAAACUUAAAAAAAUAUAUAUCUACACACUCCCUUCAAUUGUUCGCCCCAGUCAGGGGGGGUAAACAAUUGAAGUCCAAGCAUGAUGGGGAGAUUCUUUCUAACAAAGACAAGCAAUUCAAUAUGCCCAGGUGUCAGUCUGCUCCUGUGUUCAUCUAUGAUGAGUGCUAAGAACCCUCUCACUCGCAAGAGUCAUUAAAAUGUCUUACAACUUUACCA